CCGUGUCAAUGCUACAGCUCGACGUCCGGGCGACGGCCGCGCGCAACCUUGUCGUCCUCGACGACUACAGCCCGCUCGCGCCCUUCUGCAGGGGCACGCUGGGCAACCAACGAGAGAUCACCGACGUGGAUGCGAACGGAGGGAAUGCCCCGCGCUGGUACAGCAAGAUGACCUUUACGGUCCUUAACCAUGCCACCGAUGUCUUCCAGCUCGAAGUCUUUGACAAGAACGACCUGGAGCGGGGCAUGCUCGGCGCGUGCCUCUUCCGCGUCAACGACUGGAAGGUCGGCCAGCUCUACGACCGAUGGUACCCGCUCUACUACGGCACCAUGUACGCGGGCGAGCUCCACAUCGCCGUUCAACUCAUUAGCCGGCCCGAUCCACCGCGGCCCGCGCCUGCACCCGUCGCCGCGCCCGUGCCAUCACCAGAGGUACCUCGCUUCGUGGCGCAGCCAGGUUACCCUGCGUACACAGCGCCCAGCUUUGAGACGCUCGUGUCUGGCAAGCCAUCCCCGCCGCCAUCGCCAUCGCCGUCCCCAAGCCCGGCCUGCCCACCAGCGUCGCGCCAUUGCGCGCAGCCGGGGUAUCCUGGCUAUCCUGGCGCGCUCACGCCCAUGUUCCGUCAGUAUGGCUAUCGCAGUUUUUCGCUGCAACAACUGUAA